GCGCAGUUUCUCCCGGGUGAUCAAGCUCGAGAGUGAGCGAGAUCGACGUGUCGGCAUCGGGAUCGCGCGCGUCUCCGCGAGUCGCGGAAUUCGCCUCCGUUUUGCUUUGCGCUCGAUCUUAUCGCGCGACGGAGAAGCUCGUCGAUAAGGGAGCGUCGUAAAAAGUACACGAGGAAAAAGUCCCGCGCGUAUCUCGCGUCGAGCCGGAAAAAAUCGACGGAAUCGUUGGACUCUGAAAUCCGGAAAGCCAGGAGAGACGGGGGGAGGAGGGUCGUGAUGGAUCGCGCAUUAUCGCCGGGGAUCAACAAACACUCCCGAGAAGACCCCGCCGGCCGACAAGAUCGCGUCUUCGCCCUUCCGAUCGAUGCCGAGUGCAACGAUCGUUCUAAUUAAUAUCGCGUGGCGUCGUUAAAUCGUCUUUAUCGGCCACUCCAAAACAGACGUAGUCGUCGAAGUCGCGUCGUUCGUGUGCAAUUGGUGUGCAGCGAUCAUAUCGUUCGUAUAUCGAUAGUGAAGAAGUGAUACAUAUUAUCUCGUCUCAGGUAGCAGAAGCUCCCAAGGGAGAAGAAGAAAAGCGUCUCAAAAGGACUUGAAGAUCUUCCGCUGCCUAUUGCGAAGUUUUCGGGAGAAACCGAAAGAGAAAGACGGGAACAACAAUAGUUAGGGGAGAUACAAGAAAUCAUUUGAAAUUUCGAGUUUGCCCCGGCUGGCCAUUUUUGCAGGCGAGGUCGUGCCUGCAGGAAUCGCUCCAAGGUCCAAGAGGGUGAUACCUCGAGGUGCUCCUCGAGGUUGUCUCCUAUUUAUCGUUCACGACACGGAGUGUCUCGCGCAGCGAUUCUGCCGAGUCGGGGGUUUCGCGUUCAAGCUUCGAGCUAGACGUAACUUUGGCGGUGAAAUUGCGCAAAUCAGACCGCGAUCACCUUGAACGCGCUACAAGCGGCGUUAGAUCGCGCAGGACAAAAAGAGAAAGCCGAAGAGACAGAUCACUGUCGCAUAUAUUUGCGGAGCCGACGGAUGGCGAGGUUGGCGCGCUGCGUCCUGCAGGCAAGAUAACUCGACGUUUUGCAGACGCGCACACACACAGAGGGGAAGCAUUAAUUUGCAGUCCCGCGACGCUUCUCUCCAUGGGCGGCGGUAUAUUCGAAAGCCGGCCGAGAGGCGGCGCGCGUCGCGCUCUCGACGCGUCAACGUCUCUCCGGCACAACAGCGCCAUUUCCGCGCUUCUCUGCUUCACCUGCGGUGCCUGCUUCGUCUUGAGCCUGAUCUGCACGUGUCUGGCGACGUUGGUCGUGCUGUUGGACCAGACUGUCGAGGCGGCGAGUUAUCGACACGAUUCAAACAGACCAGAGGCAUUUACAGUGAUGGGCAGAGACACAGAGCCUGAUGUAAGUUUCCGGCUGCCAAAGGAAAUCAAGCCUGUACAUUAUGACCUUUUUCUACAUCCGAACCUUCAAGAGGGUACAUUUUCUGGCAAAGUGACUAUUCUCCUUGAUGUUCUUGAUCGGAGAAGGACUAUAGCCCUUCAUCAAAAGGACCUCGAUAUUAAGUCUGCAAACUUAACAACUUAUGAUCGAGAAGAGAACUUUGAGAUUAAACUCUCUUCCAUCAGUAAACCUUCAAAAUAUGAAAUCUUUGUGGUAUCUGCCGAGGAUGAGUUUAAUCCAGGAUUAUACAACUUAAACCUGGAGUUUGAUGGAAGUCUUCAAGAUAAAAUAGUUGGCUUCUAUUCCAGCAAGUACAAGGAUCCUCAAAAUAGAACCAGACACAUCGCUACUUCCAAGUUUGAACCAACCUAUGCUAGACAAGCUUUCCCAUGUUUCGACGAGCCCAAUUUUAAGGCAGAAUUUACAAUAAAGUUGGUUCAUCCCACAGGUGAUUGCUAUGGUGCCUUAUCCAAUAUGAACAUAGAAAGUACUCUAGUUAACCAACCAUCAUCCGGUCUGACAACGGUGAACUUUGCAAAGACCGUGCCUAUGUCAACGUACCUGGCAUGUUUCAUCAUCAGCGAUUUUGUGGCGGUAACCAAGACGGCGAAAGGCCUAAACGGUCGAGAAUUUCCGAUUAGUGUUUACACCACAAAAGCACAGAAGGAAAAAGGAUCAUUCGCCAUGGAUAUCGGCGUGAAAGCUAUUGAAUAUUACAUAAAUCUAUUUCAGAUAGAUUACCCAUUACCGAAACUUGAUAUGGCCGCUAUUCCUGACUUCGUAUCCGGCGCCAUGGAAAAUUGGGGCUUGGUGACUUACAGAGAAGCAAGGCUUCUUUACGAUAACGUCACUAGUUCCACCGCGACAAAACGCGAUAUCGUGAACGUAAUUUGUCACGAAUUCGCUCAUAUGUGGUUCGGAAAUCUUGUUACGUUAGCCUGGUGGAACGAUUUGUGGCUCAACGAGGGUUUUGCUACGUUCAUGUCGUUCAAAAGUGCCGAUACUUUUCUACCAGACUGGGGAUUUAUGGAACAAUUCCUUAUCAACGAAAUACAUUCCGUAUUCGUAACCGAUGCGAAGUUGAGUUCUCAUCCAAUAGUUCAGACCGUGAAGAAUCCAGACGAGAUAACAGCCAUCUUUGAUGAAAUAACUUAUCAAAAGGGAUCAUCCGUAAUUCGCAUGAUGGAGAACUUUAUCGGAUCUGAUAUCUUCUACGGAGCUAUCACUGCUUACCUGAACAAGUAUGCUUAUCAGAACGCAGAAACCGCAGAUCUCUUCAACAUUCUGCAAGAUGCAGUCGGAAGUAAGAUAAACGUGACCGAUAUUAUGAGUACUUGGACACGGCAGAAAGGCUUUCCUGUUAUCAAUGUGGGGAAAUCCGAAAACUCGUUCGUGCUAACUCAGAAACGGUUUCUGGCCGAUCCGGAUGCCGAAUCCGAUCCCUCGGAAUCGGAUUAUGGAUACAAGUGGACAGUACCCAUCACUUACAUUACAAACAAGAAAUCGCAACCUACUCUUAUAUGGUUCGAUAAGGAUGCAAGUGAACUGUUGAUCGAGCUCGAUGAGCCCACCGAAUGGAUCAAAUUAAACGUGGAUCAAGUCGGUUACUAUCGAGUUAAUUAUCGUCCGGAGGAAUGGGGAACGCUCCGUAAUCUGCUUCGGUACUCUCAUAAGAGAUUGUCGGUAUCAGACCGCACAAAUCUUUUGGAAGAUGCCUUUAGCUUAGCGGACGCUGGCGAACUGGAGUAUGGUACUGCAAUGGACAUAACCUUGUACCUUCCAGAGGAAAAUCAUUCCAUUCCAUGGGCGGUUGCGAAUUCGAAAUUGACAACAAUUGACACUUUAUUAUCUUCCACGAAUAUAUCAUCGAAAUUUAAGAAUUACGUGAGAGACCUCAUAGAUAGUACCUACCACGAUGUAAGUUGGGACGUCAGUGAUAACGAGGACAACGUGAUGCUGAGGCUGCGACCAACGGUGCUCGAGCUCGCUUGUACUGUGGGUCAUACGGAAUGCUUGGACGAAGUUGGCGAGAUCUUCAAGAAAUGGAUAAGCGACUCUAACGAUACGCGACCGCAUCCCGACACUCGUCAACUUAUUUACUACUACGGUAUGCAUCACGUUGGGGACGAAGCAGACUGGAAUAUCUUGUUCCAGCGAUUUGUCAACGAGGCUGAUUCCAGCGAAAAAUUGAAACUAAUGAUUGGAUUAGCAGGCAUACGGUCCAAUUGGAUCUUGAGCAAAUUUAUUACUACGGCUACCGAUGAGAAUUACGUACGUUCUCAAGACUUCUUCCGUUGUUUAAUCACGAUCUCCAAAAACCCUGUCGGCACGCCACUUGUGUGGGACUGGGUGCGCGCGAACUGGCAAUUUCUAGUGGACCGGUAUACGUUGAACGACCGGUACCUCGGCCGGCUCAUACCUGACAUCACAAAAUCCUUCGCCACAGAAACGAAACUGAACGAGAUGAAGGCCUUCUUCGAGAAGUAUCCCGAGGCUGGCGCUGGCGCAGCCAGUCGUGCGAAAGCUCUCGAGACCGUCUCGAACAAUAUUAAAUGGCUUGCUCGAAACAAAGAUAAACUCGGGGAUUGGCUGAACAAACACACACGUAGUAACUAAAUCCUAAUAGCGACCCGAUAUUGAACGUAUUGAACGAAAGCGCUAGAGUAUUUCUCGUUGCAGAAUUGAAGAGAGAAGUUUACCAAUUUCUAAAAUUUUUUCUCAAGGAAUACGCGAAGGUAAUUACCAUUUCUUUAUACUCGGACAUUUUAAUAAAUUGCGACAAAAAUAUAGAAAAUGGCCGUGACGGAUUGUGGCUUUGUCGCGACAAGUCGCGUGGCUUUAUUCUUCCGGUUUUAUAACCGUAUGAAUAAAAUCAUCAGAGAUCAAAAGAGCUGCAUUUUACACGUUAGACUACAUCGGAAGUUCGGUACGUUACAUGAUUAUACGUGUGUAAUAUGAUAUGACAAAGUAAUAUUAUAUAUUGAACAAGCGACAAUGUUGAACAUAAAGCCACCAGUCCGCAUUUUACACGAAUCGUUGCAUUUUCUUGUGACAUAUUUGCGAACAACUCUGUAUGUGUAUGUGUAUAUAUAUAUAUAUAUAUACACACACACAUACAGAGUU